GUUUGCUUCCAAGGGCAAAAGCGGAACUUACAUCUGCCAGGGAUGAAUCCGCGGAAUUAGGGCAUUCUUCGCGAGUUCGCCUAGUGCAGGCUGCAGAACAGCAGAACCCGAGGACUGAACCUAGCUACGGCCCCGCGUGGAAGCACUCCCUUGCUCGCGCCUUAUAGGAGUUGGUUUCAGCGUUUUUUCAACGCCUAUUUCUUCCACUAUUUAUCCCUUCAUCUCCACCUGUUCAUGCGCAUGGCGUAGAACCUGAGUGCUCCUUCGGAUUUCCACUUUCUUCGCAUAUUGAAUUGUAUUCUUAGUCUCAGCUGCUCAUUUUCCUCUUCGUUCAGAAGUUCUAGAUAUCAGAAAAUGUCGGGCGGGUUCUUUAGAGGUACGUCUGCGGAUCAAGACACUCGAUUUUCAAACAAGCAGGCGAAACUGCUGAAAUCUCAGAAGUUCGCUCCUGAGCUGGACCACCUGGUCGAUAUGACUAAGGUGAAUAUGGACGUAAUAAAGCCGUGGAUCACGAUAAGGGUGACUGAACUUCUUGGCUUCGAGGAUGAGGUGCUCAUCAAUUUCAUUCAUGGUCUUCUGGAUGCGAAGGAAGUAAACGGGAAGGAGGUCCAAAUACAAAUUACUGGAUUUAUGGAGAAGAACACUGGAAAGUUUAUGAAGGAGCUUUGGUCACUUCUUCUCAGUGCACAGAAAAAUGCCAGCGGGGUUCCACAGCAGUUCUUAGAUGCCAAAGAAGAAGAACUCAGGAAGAAGAAGGUUGAAAAUGAUAAAAUAACUAGUGAACUUCAGAAGAAAAGAGAUAAAGAAGGUAGAGAGUUCUUGCAGGAGAGGGUGAAGAAGAUGGAUGGUGGAUUUGAUGCCAAGGAUACUGAUACUGCAUCAGACCAAGUCUUGAAGCCCCGGGAUUCAGUAGAUUACGGUCAAGAUGGAAAAGAAACUGACAAAAGGAAUGGUGUGAGAUCAAGGAACAGUAGGUACUCAAGAUCUCCCCAUUCACCUGCGGUUUCUGGUUCACCUAACCGAGACUCACCUUCUAGAUCAAUGAGUAGAUCAUUUUCGAAUUCCCGAAGUUAUUCUGGUGACAGACAAAGGUCAAGAAGUACAUCCAGGUUGCCAGAAGCACGUGGACGCUCCGUUUCAUCUGAAAGGACUCGUCAUUCACCACGAAGACGAUCUAUUUCUCCUCCUCGGAGGCAUUCACCAUGGCGAUCUCCCCGCAGAAGGUCAUCUUAUUCUAGGCGAAGAUCUACGUCUCGUUCACAUUACAGAUCACCAUCUUUGCGACGAAGAGUGCGUUCACCAUUACGUCAUAGGUCACCCUCUCCUGUUAGAAGACGUAGAUCACCCUCUCCUGCAAGAAGACGCAGAUCGCCAUCUCCUGUGAGAAGACGUAGAUCACCCUCUCCUUUGAGGUCACCCUCUCCUGUGCGAAGACGCAGAUCACCUCCUCCUCCUAUGAGAAGACGCAGAUCACCCUCUCCUGUUAGAAGACGCAGAUCACCUUCUCCUGUGAGAAGACGCAGAUCACCCUCUCCACUGCAUCAUCGCAGAUCACCGUCACCCAUACAACGACGAAGGUCCCCUUCUCCUAUACGCAAAAUGUCACCAAGACCUGUACGUCGAAGAUCUCCCUCUCCCAUGCCAUCCCACUCUCCUGUGCGUAGAAGGUAUAGAAGUAGAACCCCACAACGCAGGUCUCCAUCUCCUGUGAUGCAUAGAUCUCCUGUUUCUGAUCGUAAAUGGUCUCCAAGUCCUUCCUCAAGGAGGUCUCUCUCUUCAGGUGAUUGGAGUUCCAGGUCUCCUCCAGGACAUGCAUCUUCCUCCCCGGUGAGGAGAAAUGCUCCAAGACCCGCAAGAAGUCCUGUGCAGUCUUCUGAAGGAAGGGUCAGAACACAAGACAGAUUGUCACCUGCUGCUCGUCAAUCCUCAAGUCCGGUUAGGAAUGUUCAGAGAGAUAAGGAUCGCAACUCAUUGCGUUAUAAAUCACAAGGUUCAUUAUCCACACCUGAGAAGUCUCCAACCAUGUCAUUAUCUCCGCAAGCGAGGAAUAAGACUUUCAGUGAAGACAGCAGUCCACAUGAGAGCCCUCGGAAGCAAAAAGGGGAGAUGCUGACCCGAGAGGGAAGUUUGAGCCCUCCUCAGAAAUCAAGAAUCCAGAAGCCUAGGUGUGAUAGCCCAGAAAUGAGUGAAGGAAGAGAAGGAACAUACUAUUCUAGAGAGAGCAGGGAUCACAAAUCAACGUCUUCCCAAAGGAAAAUGAAAUAUUUGUCCCCUGACAGUAAGUGGAAAGUUUCACCUGCAAAGACUCGUACUGAGGAUAUGUACUCUCCCGAAAGGGCAGCUGGGCGUCCAGGUUCUGAAUCUCAGGGACGUAAUGAUAGUAUUGAUUUGAGCAAGAAAGGCCGGGAAACAAGGAGUGAUAAAUCUUCUGGAAGGGUUGCUGAAACUCCUACUCAACCCAAGUCACGGAUUUAUAAGGAAUCUUUUUCUGGUGAGAAGCUUAUUGAAUCAUAUGAUGUGGAUAGCAAGAAGUCUGGUGAGAAGUACCACUCACAUUCAAGUUUUGCCAAGGGUAGUGAUAAGCAUGGCAAAUCAGAAAAUGCUGAAGUUAAACAGAGUGUUUCAUGUGAUUCUGGUUCUGAGGAAAGCGGUAGGCAUAGAAGAGAAGGAAAGGAUAAAAGAAAGCACAAGAGAUCUGAGAGAAAGGUUGCUUCAGAUGAAGAAUCCAGCUAUGAUUCUGAGUUAGAGAACAGGAAAGAGGCUAAGAGAAGGAAAAAGGAGGAGAGGAAAUUGCGGAAGGAGGAGAAACGUCGAAGACGUGAGGAGAGACGGCGUAGAAAGGAAGAGCGGCGUGCAGAGAAGCUGAAAAUGAAAAGUAGAACAGAUGGCUAUACUUCAGAUGAGGAGGAAGCUGAAAGAAAGGAUUUUCGUCGAAGUGAUGAUGAAGAGACACCAUCUGACCAGAAGAAGCUUGAGAUUGAAUUACGGAAUAAGGCUCUUGAAUCACUUAAAGCAAAGAAGGGCUUGAAUAAUUAAAUAUGUUGCUUUUGAUUUUGAAGUUGUUAUAUCCUUUAAGACCUUGUUGCGAAUUUUCUGUUUACCUUCUUUAGGAAACUUGCGGCUUUUCAAAUGUAUUUGUUCUCUUAUUAAUUGGUAAAUGUUUGAUGUAGUCUACCUUUACUGCUGGCAGCGGAAAUGGAUAAAUGAGGAUUUCUGAGCAAAUCUGUUGAGUGCAAUAUUGCCCAAUUUUUACUGAUGAAUUUAAUGUCAACUCUAGAUGAUUUGGUGAGCAGACCAUGUGCGGAUUUACAUUUUGAACUUCCAUUCAGGCUGUCCUUUCUCCCUGUUUGUUGUCCAAAGCUCCAUGUGAGGUUGACAGUGUCCUGGACUGUGUUUUCUGGAAUUCUACAUGGUGCUAUGAUUCUUGGACCCAUUCUGGGUUUGAUAUGUUUUUGUAAGAUUUACGUAGACGUGUUAUUGUGCAUAUACUAAUUUUAUGUAAAUAUGUUUACAUCAUUGUAGAAUUUUGGCGCUUCUUGUAGCUUCAUAUUUAGUACUUGUUCUGACUUCCAUGCCUUA